AUGGUCAACGUUCCCAAGACUAGAAAGACUUACUGCAAGGGUAAGGAGUGCAGAAAGCACACCCAGCACAAGGUUACCCAAUACAAGGCCGGUAAGGCUUCGCUCUUCGCCCAGGGUAAGAGACGUUACGACCGUAAGCAAUCCGGUUACGGUGGUCAAACCAAGCCCGUUUUCCACAAGAAGGCCAAGACCACCAAGAAGGUUGUCUUGAGAUUGGAAUGUGUCGUGUGCAAGACCAAGGCUCAACUUUCGUUGAAGAGAUGCAAGCACUUCGAAUUGGGUGGUGACAAGAAGCAAAAGGGGCAAGCUUUGCAAUUCUAG